AUGUCGAACGACAACGUUGACGCAACUCGGUGGAGUCAUUCAACGGGUGUGCUCGAAGACAAGAACAAGGCUGAAGCAGGCGGCGGCGGCUCGUCUCACUCCUCGUACAGCGGUGUCGAGGAAGAGGGCUCAGUAUGCGUGGGCGGCAAGGCGGCGGAUCUGAGUCUCUUUAUAUCUUCUGGAGUCGAAGCACGCGAGCGAAGACGAAAGGAUCCGACCAGCAAGAAUACCAACUUCGACCUCGACAUAGAGAUGGAUGAUACGGGGAAGGAUGCGACCGGGAGUGGUGACAUGAAGGAGGGCAAUUCAUCCAAGACAUCAUUGCGGAUGGUGUUAAAGAGGGCCAUGUGUCAAAGACGAAAAGAAAUCUGGUAA